UUGAUAGGCUCGUUCCGUUCCUAUCUUUCACCCAUAUUUUGGGUGUUAAUUGUCUAAUUUUUAUAAUUAACCGGGUGACUAUUGGGGGUUUUGAAUGAAAAUUUGUUAUUUUUCGGUCCCGAUGACAUUCAUUUUCAGUUUAGUAGUUUUCCACACAAUUUGAUUUUUUUUGGAGUAAUUUGAUUGUAAAAUUACAUAUUUUUAGCGGGUGUGGUGAGUUGUUAUUGUACAGGCUGAAUUUUGCGGUGAAUAACAUGUUAUGUCUGGACCGGAUAUUUUGAGAAUCCUGUUAAGAUUAAUUUGGAUCAGCAGCCCAAGAGAAAAAAACUGCCGCAAUUUUGAUCAGUCCAAAAUGAGAAAAAAAAAAGUUCGGUGGAGGGUUUUUUUCCCCGGAUAGCAGCCGCAUCAGUUAUGCUAAUUUUUCUGCUCAUUAGCACCGUAGCCGCACAUCAUCAUCCAUUCCUUCCUUUCAAUUUUUUUGAAGAAAACCCCAGCCGCACCAGAGAGAUUUUUCUUUUCAAUUCGUAGCAGCAGUCCACUUAGCUGAAGCAGUAGCAUAGCUUUUCAAUUCCAUUCUUUCUGUUCGUAGACAAGCAGCCGCAGAAGAGUUCAUCCAUUCUGUCUGUUCCUGAAAACAAUUAGCCGCAUCAGGUUUUUUCUAUUCUGGAACAGCAAACAAUAGACAGUUCUGUCGUUCUUUCUCUUCUGAAAAAAACGCAGCAGCAAAAAAAAAGACCUAAGGAGUUCUAUGAUUCACUUUUCUUUCAAUUCAUUCCAAUCUAGUUUAGAUUUCAGCAAGUAUUGUAAGUUCAAUUAUCUUUUACAUUACUAGUUCUAGCUUUUGGAUUGAAUUUCGAAUUUAUUUGUCUCCAACUAAUAAUUUCAGAAUUUUUCCAUCUUUCUUUGAUAUAAUUCAGUUUUUAUUUCUAGCUCAUUAUCAGGUUUAUCAAUAUUAUUGUGAUGUUAGUUUUAGAUAUGAGUAGCUAAUUUCAUAUAGGGUUUGAAUUGGGGCUAGGGUUCAUGGGUUCUUGAGGGUGUGAAUUUAGUUCUUUAAAAUUCAAUUAAUUUUCUGGAAAAUUGUAUAAGAUUAAUCAUAAUUGUCUAUAUGAAUUUGAUCACCUCAUAUAUGAAUACUUGGAUUUAAUUCAAUUCUUGUCUAUGAGAAAUUGAGUUAAAUUAGCUCAGGUCUUAUACAAGCAAUCUGAUCUUAGAAAUAAGUUAGGAUUGUCGAAAUAUGAUUUAAUUCUUGUCUAUGAGAAUUUAUUUCAUUUUCUGUCCAGGAAUAAUUGAAAAUUAAUUUACUUAAUUCUAAUCCGGAAAGAACACCCAGAACCCGAACCAUCCAAUUUGAACCCUGCUUUUAUAUCUAGAAUUAAUUUAAUUAUUUGUUUUCCUCUCUACUUAUUUUUGCACUCGCUAUUAGUCAGUUUAUUAGUCAGUUUUAUUUUCAAACCACUCAAAAAAUAUUUAUUCGGAAAGAUUACCAUGACUUGUGCUAGCCUGUGAUCACGGACUGUAUUUAAAACUUCCUUUUUGCCACUCCUUGAGAGACGAUACUCGUGGUCUGGUUAUUCUUCGGAUUAGCCAACUACGUUUUACUCACUAUAAAAUACACCGAUCAAAUGGCGCCGUUGCCGGGGAAAGUGUUGAUUAGGUGUGAGGAGACCCACUUGGCCUUAAGUUGGGAAAAGUGUCACUUCAUGGUCAAGGAGGGUAUUGUGCUAGGUCAUAAGGUGUCAUCUAAGGGGAUUGAGGUUGACAAGGCGAAAAUUGAGGCUAUUGAGAAACUCCCGCCUCCAAAGAACGUGAAGGCUGUCCGUAGCUUUCUCGGCCACGCUGGCUUCUACCGUCGUUUUAUACGGGAUUUCUCAAAAAUAGCUAAACCUCUCACCCGUUUGCUUGAGAAAGAUGCUGAUUUUUUGUUUGAUGAUGAAUGUUUGCUUGCUUUUAAUUGUUUGAAACUUAAGUUGAUGGAAGCUCCAGUUUUAGUUGCUCCAGAUUGGGAAAUCCCCUUUGAGCUGAUGUGUGAUGCUAGCGAUCAGGUGGUCGGGGCCAUUCUUGGCCAACGGAAGGAUAAUCACUUCCGCCCCAUCUAUUACGCUAGCAAAACCUUAGCGGGACCCCAAUUGAAUUAUACCACUACAGAGAAGGAGCUUCUGGCUAUUGUGUAUGCUUUGGAGAAGUUUAGGUCGUACAUUAUUUUGUCUGAAGUAAUUAUCUACACCGAUCAUUCGGCAUUGAGAUAUUUAUUUCAGAAGCACGACUCUAAACCUAGACUUCUCCGUUGGAUUUUGUUGUUGCAGGAAUUUCACAUAGAGAUUAGGGACCGGAAGGGUUCCGCCAAUCAGGCAGCUGAUCAUUUAUCACGAUUAGAUGCUGAUUUGGUAGACUCUUUUAGUAAUGAUGUUAUCGAGGAACUUUUUCCUGAUGAACGUCUUUUGCAGGUUAAGAUUGCUUCCGAGGUGCCCUGGUAUGCAGACAUAGCCAACUAUUUAGUAGGCAAUGUUGAGCCUACCGGGCUAUCUCGGCACAUGUUAAAAAAGUUUUUGUCUGAUGCUAAGUAUUAUUUCUGGGAUGACCCUUAUUUGUUCAGGAUUUGCGCUGACCAGGUAGUAAGAAGAUGUAUUCCUGAGAGUGAAAUGAGUGAGAUUUUGUACCAUUGUCAUGCUGGCCCUGCUGGGGGGCAUUUUUCUGGUAAUAGGACAGCAAGAAGAGUGCUAGAGUGUGGGUAUUAUUGGCCCACGUUGUUCAAGGAUGCGAAUUCUUAUGUUGCCUCAUGUGAUAGGUGUCAACGGGUAGGAAAUAUUUCUAAACGAGAUGAGAUGCCCCAGACAUAUCUAUUGCCUUGUGAAGUUUUUGAUGUCUGGGGGAUUGAUUUUGUAGGCCCGUUCCCUAGCUCAAGAGGCAAUAAAUUUAUUUUAGUCGCUAUUGAUUAUGUGUCAAAGUGGGUAGAGGCUAUUGCGAGCCCUACCAAUGAUGCUAGAGUUGUUGUGCGGUUUGUGAAAAAAUUGUUUUCCAGGUUUGGAGUCCCAAAAGUUUUGAUUAGUGACCGAGGAACCCAUUUUCGUAAUGAUCCGCUAGCUCGUGUUCUGUCUAAAUAUGGGGUUCAACAUCGGCAGGGAGUAGCCUACCAUCCCCAAACUCAAGGGCAAGUAGAGAAUGCAAAUCGGGAUCUUAAGGCUAUCCUAGAAAAAACUGUAGCGCAAACUCGUAAGGAUUGGUCAGAAAAAUUAGAUGAUGCGCUAUGGGCUUUUAGGACAGCUUAUAAGACCCCGAUUGGUACUACUCCUUUCCGAUUAGUUUAUGGGAAAUCUUGUCAUUUACCAGUGGAAGUAGAACAUAGGGCACUUUGGUCUUUAAAUACUGUUUGUCUUGAUUCAUCUAGUGCAGGUAAAGAGCGGUUCUUUCAGCUGAAUGAAUUGGAUGAGUGGAGGGCUCAGGCCUUUCAUAAUUCAUAUUUAUAUAAAGAGAGAGUGAAGCAGGCUCAUGACAAGCACAUUAAGGCGGACCGCCAAUUUGUGGAGGGAGAGAAGGUGUUGUUGUAUAAUUCCAGAUUGAGACUUUUUCCUGGGAAGCUGAAGUCCCGAUGGACGGGACCAUACACUGUGCGUCGAGUGUAUCCCUAUGGAAGUGUGGAGAUUGAGCAUAAUGAUGGCCAGGUUGUCAAGGUUAAUGGCAGCCAACUGAAACACUAUUUUGGGGGAACGUUUGAAAAAAGGAAGGAAGUUUUUUGCCUUGAACCAGUUUAGGAACGAGGGCUUAUCGUCAAGCUAGUGACGUUAAAGAAGCGCUUAUGGGAGGCAACCCACCAUAAAAAAAAUGGAGUUUUUUAUUUCUUAUUUAUGCAUUUUUGUUUAUGUUGUUUUUAUGUUUUCAUCUUGUGGUUGUGUGGUUGGAUUUCUUUGUUGCUUUGAAUUGCAUAUGCAACCUGGUUAUCAUAGACAGGUGAGGAUGGAGCUCCUCAAGGCUGUCAGCUGCAGAUUACUUUGCAGCAAGCCCGAAAGCGGUAUGAGAGCUGGACGCAACUUCAAACACUUGCAGGGCAAUGGUUAGAGGCCUACACAUGUUCAAGGAGUUGGGGUUUCGCUGGACAGAAACUUGGCAGCAGCAGAGGAACAUUUCUGGCAGAUUCUGGGAGAUUUUGGACGGUGUGAGAUGCCGACUUUUGAGGCCAGAACAGCUGGUCCUUGGCCGUUUUCUGUCAGCAUAAGCAUCACAGUACAUGAGGGAGGAACCAGUUGGAUGCCACACACUCUUAUCCGGUUCAGAUUGAAGGGAAGCAAUUUCAAUACACUUAUUGAGUUCGGUAACCGGCAUAGGUGCAGGCAGAGUAGCUCCAGCAGCUCACUUUUGGUUUACCAGCAAGCUUUGGCAGCAUAAAUGGGAAAUUCACAGUUAUGGCACACUUGCCACGCUUUCUCAAGAGUUGAAGGACUUCAAGUAGCGUACGAGGCAGACUGUGUGCAGGAUUAGGGAGGUUAUUCACUGCCGUUUGGCUUGUACGGUAUUCUGCCAGCUCUUACUACGCUACUAAUAAUGUGUGCUUACUGUCAUAUUACUCCUCUUGUUGAUUUGUGUUGAUUAUUAUUCUGAUUAUGAUAUGUUGCCGGGCUGAAAAUCAUUUUAUAUUUAACUUGCCCCUAUUAUUUUUGUUUUAAUCUUUUCUUUGACCUCGAGGGCGAUGUCACCCCUAAGUGUGGGGAGGUUUGGUUUUAGUUUGGACAUGGCAUUUGGUGAUGAAAUUAUUCUGCUCAACAACAUUUUGAGGGGCACAAGAUUUUUUCUAGUUUAGCAACGCAACAGAGGUAACUUGUUAAUCUUUAUUUUCUUUUGUAAACUUCCAUCUCCUCCAUCUUUCUUGGAAAGAAUUAGUAAUGGUGUAAUCAUCGGGGUGGUGUGUAUAUUCUUGGGAAAUGUUGGCAUGUUGGAUGGUUUGAUUUGUGUCGAUUAAAUUCAGUUUUACUCGUGAUUCAGUAGUUCUUCAUCAAUAAAUGCUUGACUGGCCAGGUGUUGAAAAUCCUUACUCCGUAAGGAGCUCUGCUUUCUAAGCAUAUCGGGAUAACUUCACGCUAAGCAGGUAACUGAUUCUUGUAAUGGGGUUACACUUCGUGUGUCGAGAAUUUCAUCCCCGAAAUGGGGCUCUGCUCAUCUCGUGAAUCACCCUGUGUGAGAGUUGAGUACACGGUAAUGAGAUAAACUCCCAGGCCCUAGAGCUUGAAUCAGUCCUGUAAUCCAGAACAUGGUCAACUUUUCAUAUUAAAAAAAAAAUCACGAGUAUACUGAUUUUUAUCACACAAUUCUUGGGUUUUUGGAAUGUUUGGUGGUUUGAAUUUUACACACCUACACCGUUGGGACCAUCAUGCUUUUCCUUACAUUUUAGUCGGUUGAAGAGGGAUUUUACUUUUGAAAAUAUUGUUUAACAUGUGAAUCUUGGUUUCGCUGUUAAGAAAGAAAAGAUAUUGUGCAGUCAUUUGUUUUAGGUGUGAAUGAUUUUGGAACCAGGUGUUACAUGUGAUUUUUUGUUUUCCGUGGGUUUAAUGCACUGUUGCUUGGGGGCAAGCAACGCUCAAGUGUGGGGAGAUUUGAUAGGCUCGUUCCGUUCCUAUCUUUCACCCAUAUUUUGGGUGUUAAUUGUCUAAUUUUUAUAAUUAACCGGGUGACUAUUGGGGGUUUUGAAUGAAAAUUUGUUAUUUUUCGGUCCCGAUGACAUUCAUUUUCAGUUUAGUAGUUUUCCACACAAUUUGAUUUUUUUUGGAGUAAUUUGAUUGUAAAAUUACAUAUUAUUAGCGGGUGUGGUGAGUUGUUAUUGUACAGGCUGAAUUUUGCGGUGAAUAACAUGUUAUGUCUGGACCGGAUAUUUUGAGAAUCCUGUUAAGAUUAAUUUGGAUCAGCAGCCCAAGAGAAAAAAACUGCCGCAAUUUUGAUCAGUCCAAAAUGAGAAAAAAAAAAAGUUCGGUGGAGGGUUUUUUUCCCCGGAUAGCAGCCGCAUCAGUUAUGCUAAUUUUUCUGCUCAUUAGCACCGUAGCCGCACAUCAUCAUCCAUUCCUUCCUUUCAAUUUUUUUGAAGAAAACCCCAGCCGCACCAGAGAGAUUUUUCUUUUCAAUUCGUAGCAGCAGUCCACUUAGCUGAAGCAGUAGCAUAGCUUUUCAAUUCCAUUCUUUCUGUUCGUAGACAAGCAGCCGCAGAAGAGUUCAUCCAUUCUGUCUGUUCCUGAAAACAAUUAGCCGCAUCAGGUUUUUUCUAUUCUGGAACAGCAAACAAUAGACAGUUCUGUCGUUCUUUCUCUUCUGAAAAAAACGCAGCAGCAAAAAAAAAAGACCUAAGGAGUUCUAUGAUUCACUUUUCUUUCAAUUCAUUCCAAUCUAGUUUAGAUUUCAGCAAGUAUUGUAAGUUCAAUUAUCUUUUACAUUACUAGUUCUAGCUUUUGGAUUGAAUUUCGAAUUUAUUUGUCUCCAACUAAUAAUUUCAGAAUUUUUCCAUCUUUCUUUGAUAUAAUUCAGUUUUUAUUUCUAGCUCAUUAUCAUGUUUAUCAAUAUUAUUGUGAUGUUAGUUUUAGAUAUGAGUAGCUAAUUUCAUAUAGGGUUUGAAUUGGGGCUAGGGUUCAUGGGUUCUUGAGGGUGUGAAUUUAGUUCUUUAAAAUUCAAUUAAUUUUCUGGAAAAUUGUAUAAGAUUAAUCAUAAUUGUCUAUAUGAAUUUGAUCACCUCAUAUAUGAAUACUUGGAUUUAAUUCAAUUCUUGUCUAUGAGAAAUUGAGUUAAAUUAGCUCAGGUCUUAUACAAGCAAUCUGAUCUUAGAAAUAAGUUAGGAUUGUCGAAAUAUGAUUUAAUUCUUGUCUAUGAGAAUUUAUUUCAUUUUCUGUCCAGGAAUAAUUGAAAAUUAAUUUACUUAAUUCUAAUCCGGAAAGAACACCCAGAACCCGAACCAUCCAAUUUGAACCCUGCUUUUAUAUCUAGAAUUAAUUUAAUUAUUUGUUUUCCUCUCUACUUAUUUUUGCACUCGCUAUUAGUCAGUUUAUUAGUCAGUUUUAUUUUCAAACCACUCAAAAAAUAUUUAUUCGGAAAGAUUACCAUGACUUGUGCUAGCCUGUGAUCACGGACUGUAUUUAAAACUUCCUUUUUGCCACUCCUUGAGAGACGAUACUCGUGGUCUGGUUAUUCUUCGGAUUAGCCAACUACGUUUUACUCACUAUAAAAUACAC